GACUCCCAGCUCUGCUCUCCAGGCCAUCCAGCACCUCUGGACUGUGCCCUGCUCACUCAGACAAGCUGGAAGUGCUGGGCAAGCUCAGUCCAGCCAUGAGCAGAUGAGGGGGUCAGAGGAGUGGGGAGCAGACUGAAGACCUUCCAACCCAUCCCGAACCUGCUUUCCUGGAGCCAGCCUGCAGGCUGAGCAGCAGUGAAUCCUGUGUCCCAUCCUGUUGAUUGACUGUUGAUAUGCUGGCAUCCAGCAUGGAGAGAGUAGAAAGUGAGACCCUGAUGGAUGAAGUGGAGGAGAUGAGUAGAAGAGCCGACGUGACUCUGGACCCAGACACCGCCAACCCCUUCCUCAUCCUGGCCAGUGACCAGCGAGGGGUGGCACGGGGGCAGGAGUGGACCUUGCUGCCCGACAGCCCCGAGCGGUUUGACACGGAGCCGUGUGUGCUGGGCAGCCAGAGCUUCGCUGCGGGAAGACACUGCUGGGAGGUGGAGGUGGCCGAGGCAGGGGACUGGUGGGCUGUGGGAGUGGCCCAGGAGUCUGUCAGGAGGAAGGGGGUCCUCAGUUUUACACCCCAGGAGGGGAUCUGGGCCGUGGGGCAAUGGUUUGGACAGUACCAUGCUUUCAGUGAUCCUGACUGGACCCCCCUGCACCUUACCUGCCUCCCCAGGGCCAUCCUGAUCUGCCUGGACUUCACAGACAAGCAGGUGACUUUUGCUGAUGCUGAGAGUGAAGCCCCAAUCUUUGCUUUCUGCCUGGCCUCGUGUGCUGGGGAGAGGCUGCGCCCAUGGCUCUGGGUGGGGAUGGACUCGUGGCUCAAGCUGUGCCCCUGACAGGGGGGGAACAUGGGGACCGGGAAGGCAAAUGCCAUCACCUUGAGUUUGGUGCUGGGAACUGGGAGGGUCCUGCAUCCUGCCGCUUUCUCCUCACAUGGAUCCCCUGGCCACCAAGGGGACGACUGGCAGCUCGUGGAGGUGGACACCACAAGAGACCCUCCUCCAUCCCCCCACCCCUCAGCUGGGACUGCAGGGGACAUGGGGAGCACAGAGACUUGGUGCAGGGAAGAGCUCGGCUCCCAGUGGUCCCACGGCAGGGACCGCUGCUGAGUGCCAGGGCACUGCAGAGCUGCUCUGUACGAGGCCGUGGGAAACACAGCAGGGUCCAGCUCCCCCAAGGGUACUGGAGUAGUGCCUCUCUCUGGCUUUUCUCAAGUAAGUUAAAAAACCCCAACCAUAGCUGGAUACUCAUGACAACGCUUAUCUUUCCCACACAUGCAAAGCCUCUCUUUGCCUGACGCGCACUGGUAGCAGUGCAGGGGCAGCAGCAGGGGCUGCCCAGGAAGGGAAGCACAAUGCUGAGCCGUGUCUGAAAUCCACAGGAGAGGAAUUCCCACCCAUCUGUCAUCCUCUGAUCUCGUCCCAUCAAGGUCCCACCUCACAGCAUUCUGCUGAAUCCUGUCCUUAGGAGAGGAGAAGGUGGAUGUAGGUGGACAUUGCCUGGGUCCAGCAUAGAUUUCAUCUCUCUCUGGUUGGACCUUCUUUAGUGCCACCUCAGUUGUCAUCGCUGCGGUGGCAUCUGGGCACAGGCAACAGUAUUGGUCUCCCUGCUCUACUCCAGGAGCUGCAAAGUUGCAGAACUGUGUCAGACCCAGGUAUCUGCCCCCAGAGCUCUGCCCUAAGCCUUUUCCACUGUGGUAGCUCCAAGACUGGGGAAACCCAGGGAUCUCUGCUCCCAGUGAGGCACUUCCUCCCCUCCAUGGGCAGGAGCCUCUGAGACUGUCCUGUCUUGCUUGGGGUAGAGUUAACUUUCCUCUCAGUAGCCAGCAUAGUGCUGGGUUUGGGAUUUAGGGCGAGAAUAAUAUUGAUAGCAACAAUCAAACCAUCAUUCAUGGGGUGUUUACCCAAGCCAAGGACUUCUCUGUGUCUCAUGCCCUGUCAAAAAGGAGCUGCAUAAGAAGCUGGGGGGGGAGCACAGCCAGGACAGCUGACCCAAACUGGCCAGAAGGACAUUCCACACCAUAGAACAUCCUGUCCAGUGUGUGAACUGGGGGAGCUGCCUGGGAGGGGCCAAUCACUGCUGGGGGACAGGCUGGGCACAGAUCAAUGAAUGGUGAGCAACUGUA